AAACAGAUCACCGGGUUAUUUUCAUUACGCGCGCGCUGGGACCGCGGUGCUCAAUAAAGAUAAAUAUGUACGUGUGCUCGUAACACGGUCACGGCGUUCUCAGGCUGCUGUUUCUCUUGAACAUCCUUCUUAUUGUUCUUGUUCUUGUGUGCGCUGCAUGCAUUGGUGGUCGCGCACUUGAGGGGGAAGCUGGUGCGCUCUUGCUGCUUGCUGCUCAAUGCGCCACUCGGGCAGACGCGAGCAUCCCGCCGGACGAGCACAAUUGAACUCACAAAGCUUUUCCAGCCGGACUUGUUUCCAACGCGUCAAAAGGGAAUUAAUUUUCUUGUUGCUUUUGUUGGCGUGGCAAUGGAAUUCCUUCCCGUGGAUUUAAAGUGAGCCCAACUUUGCGCAUUUUCUUCCAACGAAGCUGUUUAUCGUCAAGCGUGAGGAGAGGAUGAUGCUCGCUGGAUUCUGUCUUCUUUUGCCUCUUUUAGAUGGACUGCACGGGGUCGAGGAGGGCGGACGGGCGGCGCGCACGGACUGCGUGCGGGCCAGCGAGCAGUGCCUGAAGGAGGCGUCAUGCAGCAGCAAGUAUCGCACCAUGCGGCAGUGUGCAGCCGGCGCCGGCAAGGAGGGCAACUUCAGCGGGGCGCCGCGCCGCGACGCUCAGGACGAGUGCCGCAGCGCCGCGGACGCGCUAAAGCAGAGCCCGCUCUACAACUGCCGCUGCAAAAGGGGCAUGAAAAAGGAGAAGAACUGCCUGCGCAUCUAUUGGGGCAUCUACCAGACCUUACAAGGCAACGACUUUCUGGAGGAAUCUCCCUACCAGCCUGUCAACAGUCGCUUGACUGAUAUUUUCCGCCUGGCCCCCAUCAUCGGCGAGCCGGCGGUGGCUCGGGAGAACAACUGCCUGAACGCAGCCAAGGCCUGCAACCUGAACGACACCUGCAAGAAGUACCGCUCGGCCUACAUCGGCCCGUGCACCAGCCGCGUCUCUACUGCCGAAGUCUGUAACAAGAGGAAGUGCCACAAGGCCCUCAGGCAGUUCUUCGACAAGGUUCCUCCCAAGCACAGCUACGGGAUGCUGUUCUGCUCGUGCCCGCUCAGCGACCAAACGGCGUGCUCGGAACGCCGGCGGCAGACCAUCGUGCCUGUCUGCUCCUACGAGGAAAAGCAAAGGCCAAACUGUCUGGAGCUGCAGGCCACCUGCAGGACCAACUACAUCUGCAGGUCGCGUCUGGCAGACUUCUUUUCCAACUGCCAGUCAGAACCGCGCUCUCUGUCGGGCUGCCUGAAGGAAAACUACGCAGACUGCUUGCUGGCCUAUUCGGGCCUCAUUGGCACGGUAAUGACGCCCAACUACCUGCGCUCGGCCAAGAUCAGCGUGUCGCCCUACUGCGACUGCAGCAACAGCGGCAACGACAGAGACGAGUGCGACAGGCUGGCCACCUUCUUCAUGGACAACACCUGCCUGCGCAACGCCAUCCGGGCCUUCGGGAAUGGUACGGACACGGGUAUGUGGCAGCCGGCGUCUCCCGCCCAGACCGCCACCACCGUCGCCUCGCCGCGCCAACGCGGCCGCAACAACAACCUGGACAACCACCUCAACACCGACGGCGGAUUAUACCACUUCUGCGGCAGUCUGCAGGCUCAGAAGCUCAAGUCCAACUCCAGCGCAGACAGCGUCUUCUGUGUGGACCCGCAGCUGGAUGGUCCCAGCACAUCCAAUGCCAUUGUCAGGAAUUCAUGCGUUGGCCGACGGGCUUCUGUGGCGACGCCUCUGCUGCCCCCGCUGCUUUGGCUGUGGUACUGUGGCCGCCAUCUUGCAUCCUGGCCAGAUGAAUUGUAGCCUCGCAGUUGAAAACGUCGGACUGACAAAAUGAAUUCAUUUAAAAAAAAAAAAAGAAACGUGAAAUUGUUUCCUUCCUUCUCUUCCUGAUUGUACGAAUUCCCAUCAGAUUGCAUUUGAUUCUUCAGAUUUUAUGUUUACAUUUUUCAGUUUACCGUUUUUGUUGUUGUUUGUUGUCACUUUUAUCUAUGAUCGGCUUUCUGAUGUACGUACAUGUUUUCUUGCUUUGGUCAUACGGGCAGUGGAAGAUUCUGAUGUAUAGACACAAUAUACGAAAAAAAAAAAAAAGUCUCAUCAGUAAGAAUUGAUGCGAACAAGCUUCAUACUUUUUAUUUUCCAUCCAUUUUCUGUACUACUUGUCUAGUUUGUUAAUGAUUCCGCACAUGGAGAAUAUUAGCUUAACUAUAUUAGCAUAACUCUAACAUCACAGAAAGCACACCAAAGUUUAAAAAAUAAAAUAAAAAUUCCAAGUCCAGUAGCUUUCAAAGACACACCUGAGUGAAGAUGCAAAAUUCAGCCCCCGAUGCUGGUUUUGUUUAGCAACUUAAAAGUACAUAGGUCCACACAUUUACAAUGAGUAGACCCACCAAAAAUUUUCAAGAACUAAAUACAGGCAAGAUUCAGGACAUCUGCUCUGUUGGGCCAGCUUCGCUUAAUUUCGGUCAUUUGCACAAGUUUUCCAAAGACAUCUUUGAGAAACACUCCCAAUGCUACCGCCGCUAAUAAACAGAUGAAGAAUGCUCAAUUUAAAAAUAAUAAAGAUAAUCAACAGUUUGGGCAAGGUUUAAUGACAAGGCGAGACACUUUUUUUAAUGCCUUUUUUCCAAGAUAAGGGCAGCAAUAACUCAAGUCAUUGUACUUGAAAAGGUUCAAGUCAAAGCCACGAGGAAAAACUUGGCCAAUGCUAAUGCUAACAUAUAUAUUUGUAAAAUAUCCAACGCAAACGCCACGAGUGCUUGGGCCUCACAAAACUUUACUUUCAUAUUCUUUCGGCAAUUGUUUUGACUUGGAGGAGUCUUGUUUUUUUACAGUCAGUUCGUAGACGUCAUGUACGUAUGUUUUCUCCUGCUCUGUAUGUGGUGUUGAUAAAAUUGCAAGGCUAACCGUGGAACUCCUGUUGUAUGUCAGUGGAAGCACAUUUCUUUACUAUGUUGCUUAAACACGACAAUGUUUACUUUCCUUUUUUGGGCAAAGGUUGGACUUAUUUUUCUACAUUUUGAUUGGUUGGUUUGCGUUUUUUUAUGCGUAUAAAUGAAUGAAGACCUCAGCUUGUUUUCACGACUAGCGAUAAUAUUCUAAUCUUAAUGAUAACACAAAGAAGGUAAGACGCAGUGUGGUCAAGGGUUUAAAGAAGGGCUCGGCUGUGUUUUUGACACGCAAGAAAAAAGGCGGCGACUCUUCUACUACUUCUUCGGCAUCCCGCCAUAAUCCUCGCUUGUGAAAAAUGUACAAAUACAAAUAAACAUGACAAAGCACCCAAA